UUGCAGCUCUGUUGACUUUUGAAGAAACAUCUCCAGGCUGCCACCCCUCCAAAGAACCCACAGAGCACAGAACCCACCCCCCUCAAGCUCUGAGAGAACUUAUCUUGCUCAUCAUGCAUCUCUAAAUUAAAAAAAAGGAUUUUCCAGCAGGAGGCAGGAGGGGAAAAGACUUAUCUCUUAUUUUCGGGAGCUUGUUGCGCGUCAGGAGAUGUUUGCGCCUGCAGGGAAGCGCUGCUUCACCAUUGAGUCCCUGGUGGCCAAGGAGAGCCCGCUGGCCGACGAACCCAUCCGGCCCACGGCCCUCACGUACUCCAACCCGGCCACAGACGCCCUGAUGGGCGGCUACCAGGCUCCACCGGCACGCUCCCUUUACCAGAGCCCGGAGCUGGUGUUCCCGGACUCGGUGAACCACCCCGCCCUUGCCGUGGGCCCCCACCAGCACCUCCAGCACCACCCUCACUUCUUCGGCACUCAGCACCGAGACCCGCUCAACUUUUACCCCUGGGUCCUCAGGAACCGUUUUUUUGGACACAGGUUUCAGGGUCACGAAGUGUCCCAGGACAGUUUGCUUCUGCACGGCCCGUUCGCCAGGAAGCCCAAACGGAUCCGAACCGCCUUCUCUCCCUCUCAGCUGCUGCGUCUCGAGCGGGCCUUUGAGAAGAACCACUACGUGGUUGGCGCCGAGAGGAAGCAGUUGGCGGGAAGCUUGAGCCUGUCCGAGACUCAGGUGAAGGUGUGGUUCCAGAACAGGCGGACCAAGUACAAGCGCCAAAAGCUGGAGGAGGAGGGCCCGGACAGCCAGCAGAAGAAGAAGGGCAACCACCACAUCAACAGGUGGCGCAUGGCCACCAAGCAGAGCAACUCAGAGGACAUUGACGUCACCUCUGAGGACUAAGACAACAAGAAACAUCCCAACCUCUGACACUGCUGCCUCACACACCAACAAAUGAGGACCAACGCUAUUUAUUAUGUAAUAUUAUUAAGUAUAAGUAGACAUAUUAGAGGACUACACUUGGGAGCAAAGAGACUGCAUGGACAAGGACACAAACCUUCCAUUGUUUGUGUUUUCAUGUUGCACCCAGGCCACAUUUGCUUUAUUAAAGCUGCUGUAGCACACAUGUACAGGUCAUCCACAUUCAUUUAGUUUCCUCCUGCGGCGCCGUGACCCCGACUGGGAUGGGGGAGCUGAACGGACGCUUGUCAUGAUGACUACACACACGGAGGUGAUUGGUGUACACAACGUAAAAGAACCUGGCAAAAGGACUUGGAUCUUGGAAACAAUGUCUUUCUUAUUCUGUCUUUCUGCACCGUGUGUAGGAGAACACA